AUGCACGGCAUCAGCAGGAGCGAGACCGACGGGUCAAAUAACGACAGCACGAAGAAGGAGAAGGAGUUCGUCAAUGUCCUCGAGCCUGUCGCUUCCACCCGCGUUGCACGCAUUUACGAAGACCCAAAUGCGUUGGCACAACCCGAAGACACUCAUGUCGGAGAGUUUGGCACAAAACGUGACCUGAAAGCCCGCCAUGUCUCUAUGAUUGCACUCGCUGGUACAAUCGGAACUGGUCUCUUCCUCGGUUCCGGCUCAGCGUUAGCCAAUGGCGGCCCGGUCGGCUUCUUCCUUGGUUAUACAAUUGUCGGAUGUCUGGUUGGUAUGAUGAUGUACUGUUUGGGUGAAAUGACCGUCUUCGCACCCAACAUUGGUGGAUUUAUCGAAAUGGGCAACAAAUACUUGUCACCUGAGAUGGGAUUCGCAAUGGGCAUUAACUACAUUCUCCUCACUGGAUUCACGGUACCGACAGAAAUUACCGCGAUCGGCCUCAUGAUCGGAUUUUGGGAUGAAUCGUCGUCGCACCUAGGCAUAUACAUCGCCGUAUUCCUGGUUGUGUGUGUCGCCACCAACUUCCUUGGUGUCAAGUGGUAUGGGGAGGUCGAGUUCUUCUUCGCCUGUCUUAAGAUCGCUCUCUUAGUCGCAUUGAUCAUUUUCGGCCUCGUAGCUAACGCCGGAGGCAUCAAUGGCGUCUAUACUGGUGGCAAAUACUGGCGCGAGGAGCCCUGGAACGACGACUUCGGCGGAAUCACUCCCGUCAACACCGCGCGGUUCCUUGGCUUCUGGAAGGUGCUUACCCAGGCAGCCUUCGCUUACGGCGGUGUCGAGUCCAUUGGUGUCAUCGCUGGUGAGGCCCACAACCCACGCAAGACCAUGAAGUCGGCCACAAAGACUGUCUUCUACCGAAUCGUCGGCCUGUACGUCACAGCCGUCCUCAUCAUCGGCCUCAACGUCUCUCAGAACUCUCCUGAGCUGCUCAGCGCCGUCAGCUCCGGCGGUCACACAGCCGCCUCGUCGCCCUUCGUCGUUAUCUGCCAGCAGACCGGAGUCAAGGUGAUGCCCUCGGUGAUCAACGCCAUCGUCAUGACUAGCGCCCUCUCAUCGGGCAACGAGAACGCCUACGGCCUAUCCCGCACGAUGAUGGCCCUGGCUCGUCAGCGCUCAAUGCCUUCCGUCUUCCUCAAGACCAGCCGCGUCGGCACACCCUAUGUUGGUGUCAUAGUAGCUUUCUGCUUCGGUCUCCUGGCGUUCCUGUCCGUCUCCAACGGCUCCAACCAGGCCUUCACCUGGCUGUCGAACCUGUCCGCCCUGUCGUCGCUCAUCGCCUGGACCUGCAUCUGCUCCUGCUACGUUCGCUUCAAGGGCGCCUUGGACGCCCAGGGCAUCGACCGCCGCAACCUGUCUCUUCGCGGCUGGGGCCAGCCCUACAUGGCGUACACGUGCAUCUUCUUCUUCAUACUCAUCAUCUUCUUCAACGGCUUCGGGGCCUUCCUCGGCGGCUUCAGCGUCGCGGACUUCUUUGCGAGCUACAUCACCAUUCCCGUCUUCGCCGUCGCCUGGCUCGGCUUCCGCCUCUACAGCGCAAAGGCUGGCAACCCGACCGGCCUGACGCCGCUUGACCAGAUCGACCUCAGCAGGGGUCCUGCCGCGGCGCUGAAGGAUACGAAGUACGACCUCGGUGCACCGGGUCCUAUGAUGAUGACGUCGAGCAAAUAG